CGUGGUCACAAAAUUCUACCAGCAUAUCCUUUCCUUGGCCUUUGCUGUGGACGAAAUCAAUGAGGAUCCACAAAUCUUGCCCAAUAUUACUCUCGGGUUCCAUAUCUACGACAGCUACUAUGAUGCAAGGAUGACUUAUCGGACCACCCUGGACCUGCUCUUCAAAUCACAGAGAUUCCUCCCCAACUAUAAAUGUGGAACCCGGAAAAAUCUCAUGGCCAUUAUUGGAGGACUUGGAUCAGAUACUUCAUCCCAUAUGGCAGAAACUGUAGAUUUAUACAAAAUUCCUCAGCUCCACCCAUUUCUUCAAGGCAUUUCUUUCAACAACUCAGCAGGAGAGACAGUGUCCUUUAAUGAGAAGAGGGAAGUCACAGGAGGAUUUGACAUCAUCAACAUGAUCGCUUUUCCAAACAAUUCCAUCCAGAAAGUGAAGGUUGGAAGGUUAGAUCCCAAUGCUCCAUAUGAAAAUGAAUUGAUCAUUAAUGAAAAUAAGAUUGAAUGGCACAAAGGUUUUAACCAGGUUCUUCCAGUUUCUUUGUGUAAUGAGUACUGUCUGCCUGGUUAUUGGAAGAGGUCUGAAGCAAAAAUGUUCUGCUGCUAUGAUUGUGUUCCAUGUCCACAGGGGAAGAUUUCAAGCAUGAUAGACACAGAAAAUUGUUUCAAAUGUCCUGAAAAUCAGUAUCCAAGCAAGGAGCAAGAUCGAUGCCUUACCAAAACAAUGAGUUUCUUGUCCUUUGAAGAACCUUUAGGGAUCUCUUUGGCAUCAGCUACUGCUUCCUUUUCCCUCAUGGCAACCAGCAUGCUCGGAAUUUUCCUUAAGCUUAGAGAUACUCCCAUCGUCAAGGCUAACAACCGGGACCUCACUUAUACUCUCCUCAUUUCCCUUCUCCUGUGCUUUCUCUCUUCAUUGUUAUUCCUUGGUCAGCCUGAGAAAAUCACCUGCCUUCUGCAGCAACCAACUUUUGGCAUCAUCUUCUCAGUGGCUGUUUCUUCUGUCUUGGCCAAAACCAUCACUGUGGUUGUGGCAUUCAUGGCUACUAAGCCAGGUUCUACAAUGAGGAAAUGGGUGGGGAAAAGAUUGGCCCUUAAUAUUGUCCUUUCUUGUUCUUUUUUUCAAGUAGCUCUUUGCACCCUGUGGUUGACAACCUCUCCUCCAUUCCCUGAGUUAGACAUGCACUCCCUUAUGGAAAAAAUCCUCCUCCAAUGCAAUGAAGGGUCAUCCUCCAUGUUCUAUUGUGUCCUGGGCUACAUGGGCCUCCUGGCCAUAGCCAGCUUCAUUGUGGCCUUCCUUGCCCGUAAUUUACCUGACAGUUUUAAUGAAGCCAAGUUCAUCACCUUCAGCAUGUUGGCCUUCUGUAGUGUGUGGAUCUCCUUUGUUCCAACCUAUCUGAGCACCAGAGGAAAAGCCAUGGUGGCUGUGGAGGUCUUCUCCAUCUUGUCCUCCAGUGCUGCCUAACUGGGAUGUAUCUUUUUCCCAAAAUGCUUCAUCAUUGUGCUGAGGCCAGAGCUAAAUAGCAGGCACCAACUAAUCAAACGAAAUAAUUAA